AUGGCUCGUUUGGGACGACCAUCGUUUUCCCUGAUCCACACAGGAUUGCUGUUAGCGAUCGUUCUGCUACCAGAGUUCCUGGGGGCGGUGCCACUGGAGCAGCACAGGGAGGAGGAAGUGACUGCAGUGUCUGCUGAUGUGAAAGCCGAGGCCAUGGCUACCCUGAAGAAACUCGUCCGGAACAGAAGGAACGUCCACAUGAUGGCUGUGCCCCAGUUCAAACGCCUGCCGGACUUCUGGGGAUGGUACAAGUACUUCAUGGACAGCCACAACCAGGAGGGAGUUGAGGAUCUGGACCGUCUCUACAUGGCCUACCUGCAGAACAAGCACAGGUCAGAGGAGGGGCCCACCUUCAACCACUACCUCAAGCACCUCAGUGAAAUCUACAAGACCUGCGCCGAUUCUGAUGACCCAGAAUGCAUUGCAGAGUCCACCAGCAAGCCCAAGGCUGCAGCGGUGAUGCCCUCCUCCAUCAAGUCUGCCGCCGUCAAGAUGUGCAACCCCUACAUCGACCCCUACUGCCUCUUCCCCCUCUUCCCCCAGGCAGUGGCAGCAGAGCCUAAGCCAGUGCCAGUUCACUUCCCAGCUCCCAUCCUCACCCCCAUGCUGCCCAUGCCCAUGAAGGGCUCCACUGGCUUCUACACCUACGCCCCUGUCCUGGAGCCGUUCCUGAGCGCAGAUCAGAAGACCGAGCUGCUGAGGAUCUGCAGCCCAGAGGAUGUUGAGUGUCUGCAGUACCACCUGAGGGCAGCUUAUGGCUACCGCCCAGCUUCUGGCCCCGCCCCAUCCUACGCCGCACUCAAAUGUGACCCCAAGGACCCCUACUGCAAGCCCCUCCUGGUCCAGAAGUCCCCAUCAGGCUUCUACCACCGGCUCUACCCCAGCUGUGACCCAGCCGUCGACCCCCUGUGUGUUUCACACGUCGCUGCUCCUGCUGACCUUGCUGUGGAGGCUCCCAAAGAGCAGCAGUGCAACCCUCUGUUUGACGGUGGCUGCAACCCGCUGACCGCCACCAAGCUGUCAGGCCUCACCAAGCCUGUCCUGGAGUACGCCCCCAAGGCUCAGUACGCACCUCCUGCUGCUCCUCUGGCCUGCGACCCUCGCGUUGAUCCAUACUGCAUACUGGCAGCCGCCGCUGCCCUGCGCAAGCCCCCCCCACAGUCCCAGGUCCGCUCCAAGCUCGGCAUCCCCGGCAAGACCAAGGAGGGCCAUGACUGCUUUGUGCACUACGACAAAGACUGCACUCCGCUGAAGUCUGGCUCUGAGGCCAAGGCCGACAUCAAGGCUCCAGCCAAGCCCCUCUGCCAUCCCUUCGACCCCACCUGCGGGAAAUUCGCCUCACCGUCCGGCAUUGCGUCAGAGACGCCCAGAGGACACGGCAUAAUCCUGCCCGACCCCGACUGCGACCCCGAGGUCGACUACAACUGCCGCCUGCGCCACGCCGAGCCUGCGGCUGCAGAGCCUGCAGCUGCCGACAAGCCCGCUGCCGACCAGCCCGCCGAGGAGACCCCGGUCCCUCAGUCUGCAGUCCCACGCUUUGAAGACUUCCUCAAGAGCGUCAUGAACCAGCACAAGUAG